AUGAAGCCGCGCAGGAGUGGUGCUGUGUUUGCCGGAAUUAUUCUUGCGUCUAUAAUAUUCGUGUAUCUCAAACUUCAUCAACACGAAUGGAUGCGCUCAUCAUCCCUCACUUUCUCGCAGAUAUUUUCAACACCUCUCGAUUUGCGACAAGAAAAGAUCAGCGUUUUGACUUUGCUUGACAGCAUCAUCCCGUCAUUCCCUGCGAUACUGAUCGACACUCGCUUACUCAUUGCUUUAUACAAAGGGUAUAGCACAUCGAAGCGGAAAAUCAAGCUUGCAGUAGACAUCAAGUACAUAAACCAUAUUGAUGGAUCGGAACUUCAAACAUACGACAUCUUCUAUUACGACAAUCAAACCAAUAACAACUACAUACUAAUUUACGACAAUCAUGCAAGGAUUAUACCAAGUGCAAGCGAUGUCAUCACUCAUGCUUCUUUUGUGUCCUUCAACGUUUUCCCAUUUCUCGCCGGUGGCUCAUUGUUAGGCUGGUACCGCGAAUGCAAUAUUAUUCCACACACAAUGGAUGUUGAUUUCGCAGCACCUAUCAACGAGUAUAGACCUGCGCUGCUUGAACACUUGCAAAGCAACCAGUCAGAGCUUUUUCUCAAAAGAAAACUUGGAACGUUAAAUAAUUCACUGGAGUUCACAUUACUACCGGCUGGUAGAAACGCACCUUUGAUGGAUGUAUUCUGGCUCUACACUAUAGCUAACGAAUCCUGGGUAGCUGGAUUGGCAUCAGAUGCUAAAAAAUAUAAAUACUCCUAUCCUAGGAUUUCUAAAAUAUGCGCGGGAGAUCUACUCGGCCAUAUUUUUUGGGUUCCUUGUAAUACUCAAACUGUGAUUGAGAAGGAAUACGGACCUGAGUGGAAACGCGAUCAUUCUACAAAUAACUUUUCAUGGUAUUCUUCACAUUUCAAUGUUGUGGAAAACGGUCGAUGGACAAUGGACGAGAUGGAAGAAGUUUACCACAGUUAUUGA